AUUAUUAGCCAUUAGCUCUCUCACUAUUAUUAAAGGAAUACAAUACUACUUUUGCUGCUAUUACUACCUACUAUUACUACUAUUAGUAUUAGCAUUAAUCUCGUGACCCAACUAGGCCCUCUGCUUAGCUGAAAGUUAGAUCGCUACGCUGUGAGAAAUGCUAGCGUCCACGGGAACUCUACCAAUGGCCGACGUUCUGUCGUGCCCAACGCCCGUCCUCCACGACGUCAAUUUCGAUACAGAUAUGAAUCCCAAGCGUGACAUACCCUCCAGUAUUCUUAUCAUAGGGGCUGGAGUCUUUGGGCUUAGCACCGCCCUCGCGCUGGCUAAGCGUCCCGAAUUCGCAUCUUCUUCCAUAACGGUCUUGGACCGGUCACCGGAGCCUGGCGUGUUCCCGUCCCGUGACGCCUCCUCUAUUGACUCGUCGAGGAUUAUCCGCGCCGACUACGCAGAUCCCGUCUAUGCGUCGUUAGCAUCGGAGGCACAAGUCCACUGGCGGCAGACCGAUCCGGCUUCUCUCGGGGGCGAGGGGAGGUAUACGGAAUCCGGAUUUAUACUGGGAGCUGACUCCGAGCCGUUGGUGCGUGAUGACGGGUCACCGACUGGUCUUGCGUAUGCUAAGAAAAGCUGGGUAAAUGCAAUGGCGCUUGCGCAUAAGGAAGGACGGCCUUUAAAUUCGAUUCGCGUUUUAAAGAACUCGUGGUCUAUUGGCAUGAUAUCUGGCACAGGAGGCGAGUUCGCUUAUUGGGGAUACAUGAAUACGGCGAGUGGUUGGGCAGAUGCUGAAGCGAGUAUGAAAUGGUUCUACGAACGUGUCGCUGAAACAGGCCGCGUAACCUUUGUGAACGGGAAGGCUGAAAGUCUCGAGACAGACGAAUCGUCAAGAAGGGUCACUGGAGCGCGGCUAAAAGACGGCACCACACUAUCAGCCGAUCUCGUAGUGGUGGCCGCCGGUGCCUGGACGCCCACGCUGGUGGAUCUAACGUCGCAGGUCGUAGCUACUGGUCAAGUUCUAGGUUAUAUGGACAUUACGGAAGAAGAACAGAAGAGACUGGAUAAGAUUCCAGUUAUGCUAAAUGUAUCAACAGGUCUCUUCGUGAUACCUCCACGCAAUCGCGUCCUCAAGAUUGCAAGACACGCAUAUGGGUAUUUAAACCCUAAACCGGUGUCAAAACCUCCGCUAGGAGUUCCUGGCUCAAAAGCCCCCGAGCUUAUAUCCCAGCCAUAUACGCAUCUUGACGACGCAAGUCUCUCAAUCCCAACAGACGCCGAGAAAACAUUGCGAGAAGGUUUGCAGAAGAUAAUACCAUGGCCAGAGCUGAAAGAUCGGCCUUUCUCUCGUACUCGACUUUGCUGGUAUACAGACACAGUGACGGGAGACUGGUUAAUAGACUAUCACCCAUACUGGCAGGGCUUGUUCGUUGCCACAGGCGGGAGUGGGCAUGCGUUCAAAUUCUUGCCUGUUAUAGGUGAUAAAAUCGUGGACACGAUCACAGGAAAAUGUUCCGAAGAACUUCGAAGAAAAUGGCAAUGGAAAUUCACAGGAAAUACAGAGAUUAUAGCAACAGAAGAGGGAAGUCGGGGCGGACAACCAGGAGCAAUACUGGAAAACGAAAUGAAGAAAAUCAACUAGAUUUGAAAUCAGUACAACCGUCACAAACCAGGCACAAAUCACGAAAAACACAGAUCAAAGUAUGGGAACGCUUUUUUUAUGUAUCAUCGGGUGUGGAAUGAUGUUAUGCUCUCCCUAAGGAGGAACCUUAAGCAAACAAUCACCCAGCUGGGAGUCCAAAUGAUGCCUGCAAUUAUACGUGGGAGUAGGCAAGACUUUAACUCAGCUGUCCAGAUGGAUCAUGAUGCCAUACAGCUAACAUCACUCCUGUUCUCAAGCUCUCAAGCUCUGCGGAACUAUAUCCGCUAAGAUAAUUCAUAUCCACUUUAUUACGACCCUCGUAACGUAACCACCGAUGCUGACAAGCAAUUCGGGGUAUCGUAACCUCCACCGACGCCGUAAGACCAAUUAUACAGUCCUACCACCUUAUAAGUCGAAUUAGGACGGCACCUUCGACCUGCGCGAAUGCCGCCGGAAAGUAUCACGGUGCAAUCUAAGCCGCCAAUCCGGUUCUGAAGAGGUUUUUUUUUUCUUGUUUUUCCAUUGUGAUGUGAAAUCAUCCCGAUUUCGUCCAGUGUAGGUCCUUCCUAUGUUUAACGCCGAUGCAAUGCUAUGUGGGAA